AUGUUGUUGGCCCACAUACAAGUAAAGCUUUUGGCAACAUUGUUAACAGUUGUGUUCUGUAAAGAACAAUCCACAGAUGUAAAUAAUCAACUCCAGUUGACUAUAUUCAUGGAAGAAGAGCUACCUCGAGCAUCGGCUGUGGUAAACCUGUCAUCCAUGGUCAAACAGAAUAUUCCCAACUCUUCGCAGUAUUUCACCCUUGUUCAGGAAACCGAAUUGCGUUUCUCUUUCCUGGAACCGAACUCCCACUUUGUUAUUGACCAUGCGAAUCCCAGUGCCCAAAUACUCCGCGUACAAACUCGUGUGGAUCGUGAAUCAGUAUGUCCCACUCUAGUCGGUGUAUGCACAAACCGGUUCCUGGGGACAGUCACAGACCAUUCUCCAUUACCAUACGAGAUUUCGCACACCCAGCACGUGGCUACCGCAUGUAUGCUUCCUGUGUUGCUGAUCGCGGAGUUCAACGCACGGAAUUCGGCGUCUCAACCAGUCUCACAACUGAUUGUACAACUUAAUAUACAUAUUUUGGAUAUCAAUGACAAUGCGCCUAGCUGGCGAUCAUUUUCUUCUUCAAUGGUCAAUAUGCAACAGUUGAAUAGCACCCACCCGAUCGCGUACAAUGCGAUGAACGCACCGAACCCUGGGUUGAUCCCGAGGAUGGACUUGGUCGUGGCCGAGCAUAUUGCAAUCGGAACUAGGUUAGCUUUGCCGCUUGCAAUCGACCCAGACGCUUGUCCGGAUAAUACAACCGCUGGGUAUGGAAUCGAAUCGCAAACUGUGUCGGAUGCAUUUGUUCUCGACUGGGAUCAGGCUGCUCGGGAUGGGACGAAAAUCACGGAGUCCGGACUAUGGCUACGUGUGAACAAAGAUUUGAAUCAUGACACUCAACCCCAUCAUCAAGUGAUUAUUUAUGCAACAGAUGCUGGUGUCCCCAGACGGCUGACGGGUCACUUGCUACUGAAUAUUUCCGUCACUGAUGUUAAUGAUCACCCACCGAAAUUCAAUCGAUCUCGUCAUUUGGUUUGGGUUCGAGAGCAUGAAAUGAUCGGAAGUAAAGUCUUUCAGCCUCAGGUGCACGAUGCCGAUUCGAGUGAUCAGUCUCGUUUGAGCUUUGGAUUUCUCCCAUCCACCGUGGCAAGUACACGGGAGCUGUUCAAAAUCAAUCCCCAGACCGGAGAGAUCACUGUUCAGGGAUUGAUUGAUUUCGAAAAGUCAUUUCAGCAUCAAUUGCACAUUUUUGUUUCAGACGGCAAAUGGACAGAUGAAAUGGAGCUACAGGUUUUAGUUCUUAAUCUAAAUGAUCACGCACCACAAAUCAAGCUUUAUUCCCAUUUGGCUUCUGUUCCCAAAGAUAUGAAUGUAUUUCACAGCGGAAACCGGAACUACUUGCAGGCCCAACUGACUAUUGUCAUUCGAGAGAAUGGACCACCUAAUCAGUUAAUUGCAACUGCCACAGUGACUGACAAAGAUGUUAGCGCACAGAUUCGAGCAGAGGCUGCGUUCGAGAGCCACGAAGCAGACUCUGGUGCAAGCGGUGAACGACAGGGUGGAAUGUUCACCUCGCCUCUGGUUCGUAAGUCACAAACACUAAAACCGAUAUGCAAUGUGGACAAUGACCAAUUUGUGAUGGAAUCGUUGGAUCUGGAAACCACGCAACAACAAUCACGUGAGAGAUUUCGAUUUAAAAUAGCCCUGGCUGGAAAAUCGUUGGAUCGUGAGAAACAGAAUCGAAUUCUUUUGCAAGUACACUGUCAUGAUGAGGACACAAUGCCCCCAAUGCAUCAGUUCCCGCAUUAUUCGCCCUCCAGUUCACUUCAUCAAUCAGGUCUUUAUAUGCCGAUUGGACGUCGAUCGGCGUCCGCUUCUCUACUAAUCGUUGUCACUGAUGAAAAUGACUCUCCACCGAUUCUAGUCGGUCCACAGGUUGCCAAAUUACCUGAGAACGCACCGAUUGACACCUUAGUGAUGCGAAUCCAUGCCACAGACGCAGAUGAUCCACAUAGUUUGGCUGGAACCGCAGGUUUGCGUUACCAUUUAACCGAUGAACCUUUGAUUCUCCUGACCAAAAGUGCAACUCCCCUUUCCGUGGGAAGUAAACUGAGCGAACUCAUCGCAAGCUCGACAGUUUCCUCAGAUCAAUUUCCAUCCCAACCUUGGUUCCACUUGAACCCGGUUAAUGGGGAUCUAAAAACUUUGGUUAGCUUUGACAGAGAACUUGUUCAGUCGAUCACACUUCCCAUCCGCGUGAACGACGGGGGAGAUCUGAAUAUUCUGGGUAAAACCACUGUGGAUCCCUCGGAACGCAUGAUGAACAAGGACCGCCUUUCAUACAAUACUGUGAACGGGACUGUGACUAUCGAGAUUCUGGAUGUAAACGACUGUCUGCCCACAUUCAGCCAACAACUGUACGAGUUCAAUUUAAGCGAAGAUUCGCGACCGCCAGUUCGCGUUGGACGAGUGAACGUAACGGACUGUGAUGUGGACGAGAACAAUAGGUUACUGGAAUUUUGGCUGCAAUCUAGUAUGCCAAACAGGCGACCGGACAUUUCGGCAACCGAAGGCAUUCUAGGCUCAAAACAGCUAAACAAGAAUUCACAGUUUAUUUCGUGGUUUUCAGUGUCCAAAACCGGUGAAUUGUAUGUUCGCAUGCCUCAUUUUACCCAAACCGGUAUGGUCACAUCCCAGGGUCUUCCUCCAGAUGAUUACAUUCCACUAGACCGAGAAAAAAACGAGAUUAUUGUGCUGGAUAUUUUUGCUCGAGACUCCGGUAGUCCGGCACUAACCGGGUCUGCUCAAAUAUUGAUUCGUGUGUUGGAUGUCAAUGAUCACGCACCCGAAUGGGAAUUUCCCCGGCCACAGCAUCGUCUGGUUAACUUUUCCGCGGACGCAGCAGUUGGAAACAGAGUGACGAGGUUGAUUGCGCACGAUCCGGAUGAAGGACCCAGGGGACGAAUCACCUAUUCCAUUCUCAGUGGUAACGAGGCGGGGCAAUUUGAACUGGACAGUGAGAGCGGAUGGAUCUAUUUGGCACAGCCAAUUGAUUACCAGAAUCGAAUGUCCAUGAGUGGACCACAGAAUCAACGAAUGAAACAUCAGACAUGGCAAACGCGAUCCGCUUCCAUGAUUCGUCUCUACGUUCAGGCAUCCGAUCAAGGUGAUCCGCCCCGCACCUCCUCUUCUGUUUUGGACAUUCUGAUACAGCGAACGCCUCAGAUUCCAGUGCAAAUGCAGUCUUCAAAAUCUUCCAUCAGUACUGACCAGUCGCGUCACACCAAACAAAUGGAAUUUCGUGAGGCCGGUUCAGAUGCCUCACCAGCUGAAAUGCAUUCCGAAGGAUAUUUCGAUCCCGAGAAGCCCGCUGGUGGGCUUUUGUUGUCAUCUGACUUUCUGACCCUUGUGGCAAUGAUUACGGCAACUCUAGCCGCACUACUCUUAAUAUUCAUUCUAUUCGUCGUCAUACGUUGUCGAAAGCUCAAACAUAAUCAACCACCACAGACACAAAUCGGGUCGAUGAAUGGGACUAAAUGGGGCACUCCUGGUCACAGCUCCUCCCGAAGGCCUACAGAACGCACGAGGCGUACUACGCGGGCAAAUGGUAGACCUGGUUGUUUUGGGACAUACAUGGAGAAUUGCUUUGGCGGUUCAAAGUCCGCUGUACGAUCCCCCCGGUCAGCAACAAAUGGGGAUCGAAAUAAUAUUACCCCAACAGAUACCUACUAUCCGGUGCACCUAUCAAGCACGCUCAGUUCCAGACAGCCGUUCAGUAUAUCCGAACAACAAGGACAUAGAAUGACCGACGUUCACUCUUCCGAUAUUCUACUAUACUCUACGAAUUCUUCCCUAAUAAGCCCAUGUCAGACAAUAUCUCGUCUCGCUCCCGAAUCAACCUUAAACGCAAACGAUUACAGUUUUUUGGUUCAUUCCAAUUGUCCUGCUGAAGGAGUACAGUUUGAUGGCUCGGUGGACAAAAAAACAACAAAUCCAUCCGGAGUGAGUGAUUUAAUAAUGGACGAGAAAGAUUCAAUGGAUAAGGACAAAUACGUGACAACUAUUCGGAUUGAUAGGGGCCAAUCGGAUUCGGUCUACACAGCUCUGAGUCCGGAACUGACAAAAUCCAAAUCCCAGUCGCACAAACUGUGUCAGUCCUCAAGUUUUGUAUAG